AUGAAAGCUUCUAAACGGAGAAUGAACUGUUCAGCUAGGAUUCUCAGUACCGGCAGUGUAUUUCGAUAUCGGUUAUCUUCAACUAACUCUUUAAUCAUUCAGAUAGGAGAUAUCUCCAAAUGGUUCAUCAAUGGUUCCAACGACGCAAUCGUAAGUCCUGCAAAUAAGGGAAUGGUUGAAGAUAAAGAUGUAACUCCAAAAACUAAGAUAGUGUGUGCUCAAGCUAUACACAAUGCUGCUGGUUUGGAUCUUCUCCGAGCAUGCAAAAAUGUUCCGGAAGUCUUGCCCGGAGUUCGCUGUCCGACCGGGGAAGCGUUUAUCACACCAGGUUUCUUGCUGUCGGCUUCUCGUGUUAUUCAUACUGUUGGCCCAAUCUAUGAUGUUGAUACUAACCCUGCUGCUUCUCUGGCAAGGGCUUACAGGAAUUGUUUGAGGAUUGCAAAAGAGAACAACAUUGAGUAUAUAGCAUUCCCAGCCUUAUCUUGUGGUGUCCAUGGGUACCCUUAUGAUGAAGCUGCUACUGUGGCAAUUUCUACCAUCAAAGAGUUUAAAUAUGAUUUUAAGGAGGUCCACUUUGUUCUCUUUUCAUCUGAUAUUUGUGACAUUUGGCUGAAUAAGUCGGAUGAAUUGCUGAAAGAUUAG